UGCCGCUGGUUGGUCACGUGAUAAGGGCGGAAACUGACUCAUAGUCCACGCUGAAUCUCCCGCGUACGCAGCCAUUUACUCUUUCCUUGCUUCGCAGCACCACUGUUUUCGCAGACAUGUCCCUGGAUGAAUCUGCAGCGGCCGUAUUUAAGCUUGUUCUGGUGGGUGAUGGAGGCACCGGUAAAACAACUUUUGUGAAGCGACAUCUUACAGGAGAGUUUGAAAAGAAAUAUGUUGCUACUCUGGGGGUGGAGGUGCACCCGCUGACUUUUCACACCAAUAGAGGCGCCAUCAGGUUUAAUGUGUGGGACACAGCUGGACAAGAGAAGUUUGGAGGCCUGAGAGAUGGCUACUACAUUCAAGCCCAGUGUGCAAUCAUCAUGUUUGACGUCACUUCACGAGUCACCUACAAGAACGUGCCCAAUUGGCAUCGUGACCUGGUGCGUGUCUGUGAAAACAUUCCCAUUGUGCUCUGUGGCAACAAGGUUGACAUCAAAGAUAGGAAAGUCAAAGCCAAAAGUAUUGUCUUUCACCGCAAGAAGAACCUGCAGUACUAUGACAUUUCUGCGAAGAGUAACUACAACUUUGAGAAGCCUUUCCUUUGGCUCGCAAAAAAAUUAGCCGGAGAUCCCAACAUGGAGUUUGUGGCAAUGCCCGCUCUCGCUCCCCCAGAAGUUGCAAUGGACCCAGCCAUGGCUGCCAAGUACGAGGAGGAGCUUCAAGUUGCAUCAAGAACAGCGCUCCCAGAUGAAGAUGAUGACCUCUAACAUGUUCCAGAGUCUCCUGGUCUCCUCUCCCUCCCCUCUGUGGAAGUCAAGUUGUUGGAAUUUUGCCCCCAUAACUGUAAAAACCCUUAAGAUUUUUUUUAAUUUUUUUUUCUUUGCUUUGUUUUAAAACUCAGUUUGGAAAAGAAAAUCCUGGUGGGAAUAAGUUGCUGUUCAAUUUCACUGUAUAGACACCAACCACCUUAGUGUUAUUAGCAUGACAACAUGCUUCUCUUCGUUGGGCACCAUCCACUGCACUUAGAUAGCUUGCAAUGCUGUUGUACGGUGUGUUGGAGGCACUAAGGGAGGAAAGUUUGAAUAAAGAUGUUCUCAAGACAUGCUCA